GUUAAAGUACAUGCAGCGACAAGCCUGGCAAACCACGCCUAUUCCCAGUAAACGGGUGUGGUUUGCAAUACUAAAAUGGCUACUACACAGACAGCGGCGAUGGCAGUGAAUGGAGUGCUGCAAGCUACAGACAACCUCCCCAAGAAGAGUGAAUCAUUAUUAGAGACUCAUUAUAAUGAACUACUUCGUAUGAUUGAAGAGAUAGGGAGAGAUGUUAAACCAUCCUACACCAACAGCAAGUCCUCCACUGACCGACUCAAGAAGAAUAUAAUGUUGGCCAGAGCAGUGCUCAGAGACUGUCUCUCAGACCUCGACAAACUAGCCAGCUCUUAAAACUCUAUCAACCAUCAUCUAUCAUUUUAAUUUCACAAUUUCUUAUCAAUUAUACAGAUAUCACAUUGAUGAUGAGUUAAAACGAUGAACAUAAAAUUAAUAUCA